AGUACCCUGCCCCUCCCUCUGAUUUUGAGCAGGUGCAAGGCAGGGAAGAGACAGGAAGCCAACGGGGAUUGGCCGGUUCAGCCCCGUCCCUCCCAGCUUUCCCCAGGCUAGAGACCAAGAACAAAGACAUCCCAGAAGAGGCAGGAAGAGGUUGCAGUGGACAAGCUCUUCUGACAGAAGGAUGCCGCUGCUGAGCCUGUCCUGGCUGGGACUUGGGCCCAUGGCCCCCUCCCCGUGGCUGCUCCUGCUGCUGAUUGGGGCUUCCUGGCUCCUGGCCUGUGCCCUGGCCUGGUCCUUCACCUUCUAUGAGAAGUACCACCACCUCCGAUGCUUCCCUCAGCCCCCAAAACUGAACUGGUUCUUGGGUCAUGUGGGCCUGGUCAACCCCAGUGAGCAGGGCAUGUUGAAACUAUCUCAGCUGGUAGCCACCUACUCCCAGGCUUUUGUGGCCUGGAUGGGGCCCACCAUCCCUGUCAUCAGUCUGUUCCACCCAGAUGUCAUCCGGUGUGUCACCAAUGCCUCAGCCACCAUCGCACCCAAAGAUGUGGUCUUCUACCACUUCCUGAAGCCCUGGUUGGGGGAUGGGCUCCUGCUGAGUGCUGGUGACAAGUGGAGCCGCCACCGCCGCAUGCUGACACCUGCCUUCCACUUCAACAUCCUGAAGCCCUAUAUGAAGAUUUUCAAUGAGAGUGCGAACAUCAUGCAUGCCAAGUGGCGGCACCUGGCAUCAGAGGGCAGUGCCCGCCUGGACAUGUUUGAGCAUAUAAGCCUCAUGACUCUGGACAGUCUGCAGAAAUGUGUCUUCAGCUUUGACAGCCACUGCCAAGAAAAGCCCAGCAAAUAUAUUGCAGCCAUCCUGGAACUCAGUGCCCUUGUAGCAAAACGGAAUCAGCAGAUCUUCCUGUACACGGACUUCCUGUACCACCUCACUCCCAAUGGAUGGCGCUUCCGCAGGGCCUGCAGGCUGGUGCAUGACUUCACAGAUGCUGUCAUCCAGGAGCGGCGCCGCACCCUUUCUGAUCAUGGUGCUGAUGACUUCCUCAUGGACAAGGCCAGGACCAAGACUUUGGACUUCAUUGAUGUGCUCCUGCUGGCCAAGGAUGAAGAUGGGAAGGAACUGUCAGAUGAGGACAUCCGAGCAGAGGCUGACACCUUCAUGUUUGAGGGCCAUGACACCACGGCCAGUGGCCUCUCCUGGGUCCUGUAUAACCUUGCAAAGCACCCAGAAUACCAGGAUCACUGCCGGCAGGAGGUGCGAGAGCUCCUGAGGGACCACCAGUCAGAGGAGCUUGAAUGGGACGACCUGGCCAACUUGCCCUUCCUGACCAUGUGCAUCAAGGAGAGUCUGCGGUUACACCCCCCAGUCCCCGUCAUCUCCCGCUGCUGUACCCAGGAUGUUGUGCUCCCGGAUGGCCAGAUUAUUCCCAAAGGUGUUAUCUGCCUCGUGAGCAUUUUCGGGACCCAUCACAACCCGUCAGUUUGGCCGGAUCCUGAGGUCUAUGACCCCUUCCGCUUUGACCCGGAAAAAAUCCAGAAGAGAUCACCUCUGGCUUUCAUUCCCUUUUCAGCCGGGCCCAGGAACUGCAUCGGGCAGGUUUUCGCCAUGUCCGAGAUGAAGGCAGUCCUGGCGCUCACGCUGCUGCGCUUCCGCGUCCUUCUGGACCAGACGAAGCCGCGGAGGAAGCCGGAGCUGAUCCUGCGCGCGGAGGAGGGACUUUGGCUGCGGGUGGAGCCGCUGAGCGCUGGUUCGCCUGGAUCCACCGCCACACGGCCUUAGAGCCAUCCCAGACCCCACCCACCUACCUUUGCAGAUUCCAAGGAAUAAAAC